GAUAAGGGUUUUGAAACCACACACAGAAUAAGACCUGAAUUCUGCUCACUCAGAAAAAUUUCAUCAAAUCACUCUCCAACAAUGGCGAAGAACGACGACGGCAGCCCCGUCCGGUUCGGGAUCAUGGGAUGCGCCGUAAUAGCCAGAAAAUUGGCGGCCGCCAUAGCCGUAGCCCCCAGCGCAGCGCUCGUCGCCGUCGCCAGCCGCUCAAUCGACAAGGCACAGCAGUUCGCCGUCCGGAACAACCUCUCGAAGGAGGUGAAGCUCUACGGGAGCUACGAGGAGCUUCUGGAAGAUCCUUCGGUCGACGCAGUGUACCUCCCUCUGCCAACCAGCCUCCACGUCCGGUGGGUAACGGCGGCGGCGGAGAAGGGGAAGCACGUGCUGUUAGAGAAGCCGACAGCUCUCGACGCCAAGAUGCUCGACGAAAUGCUCCACGCCUGUGAGGCCAAUCGAGUGCAGUUCAUGGACGCCAGCAUGUGGUACCAUCAUCCGAGAACCCUAAGGAUGAAGGGAUUCGUGUCGAAUCGGGAAAAAUUCGGAGAAAUUAAAUCCAUCCACAGUUCUUCGUCGUUCCACGGAUCCCCAAAUUUUCUGAAAAACGACAUUAGGGUUAAGGCGGAGCUGGACGGAUUGGGGGCGCUGGGGGACACGGGGUGGUACUGCAUCGGGGCGAUACUGUGGGCGAUGGACCAGAAGCUUCCGACGACGGUGAGGGCGCUGCCGGCGGCGAUUAAAAACGACGCCGGAGUGAUCCUAUCCUGCCGGGGGUCGAUGAAUUGGGGGGAGGAGGGGACUGUGGCGACGUUCCACUGCUCGUUCGUGGCCCACGCGACGCAGGAUUUGGUGGUUUGUGGAUCGAAGGCGACGAUUCAUGUGGAGGAUUUUAUAAUUCCGUUCGAUGAUCGGCGUGGGGUGUUUAGAUCGACGAUUGGGGCGGAGUUUUUGGAGCUGCAUGUUGGGUGGAGCGUGAAGGGUGAGGAGGUUGUAGUGGGGAAUGAGAUGGUGCAGGAGGGUUUGAUGGUUGAGGAAUUGUCGAGGUUGGUGAAGGGGGUUAGGGAUGGUGGGGUGGAGCCGGACUUGAAAUGGGGGCGAACCGCCAUGGCCACGCAGCUCGUGCUUGAUGCUGUCAGGGUUUCUAUUGAUGGUGGGUACCAACCUGUUCACAUGUAUAAUUAAUUAUUUUAUUAAUGGAUUCUAGCAUAAAAUGCAUUGAAUA